AUGUGUGGAAGGGCUCGCUGUACUUUGAGACCUGACGAUGUUCCCAGGGCUUCUCACCGCCAUAGCGUUCCUGCUCGUUUUCUUCAUCUUGACCGUUAUCGUCCAUCUUACAAUGUUGCACCGGGUUCUUACAUGCCGGUUCUGCGGAAAGACAAUGAAGCCGUUGGUGAUGGUGUUGCUGUCCAUUGUAUGAAGUGGGGAUUAGUCCCUAAUUUCACUAAGAAAACUGAUAAGCCUGACUUUUUCAAAAUGUUCAAUGCUCGGUCUGAAUCGGUGACUGAGAAACCGUCUUUUCGCCGAUUGCUUCCCAAGAAUAGGUGCCUUGUUGCAGUUGAUGGGUUCUAUGAGUGGAAAAAGGAAGGCUCAAGAAAGCAACCCUACUACAUUCAUUUUAAGGAUCAUAGGCCUUUGGUAUUUGCUGCUCUCUUCGAUUCUUGGCAGAACUCGGGAGGUGAGACACUUUAUACCUUCACGAUUUUGACAACCUCUUCCUCGCCAGCUCUUCAUUGGCUCCAUGACAGAAUGCCAGUAAUUCUGGGUGACAAGGAUUCAGUCAACACUUGGUUAGAUGAUCCAUCAACGUCGAAACUGAAACCAUUACUUGCACCAUAUGAAAAUACAGAUUUGGUAUGGUAUCCAGUAACCCCUGCAAUUGGUAAACCAACUUUUGAUGGACCAGAGUGUAUACAACAGAUACCGCUGAAGGCUUCCCAAAAUAGCUUGAUCUCGAAGUUUUUUUCAGCAAAGCAGCCCAAAACAGAUGAAGGAGACGAAGAAACCAAAUCGACAGAUGCAAAUACCCCUGUUCAUUUGAAAGAGGAACCUACUGUUGAAGGUUAUGAAAGGGCAGUCUUAUCGAACAGCAUUACGAAAAUUGAAGAACCAGACGAGGAGAUAGAUAUAUCGAAUGAAGCCGAAAACCUGGUGUUUCAAAAGAUUGUGAAAGCAGAACCAUUCAUUGAAGACAACUCAUCUGUUGCAUCCCAUUUUGAAAAUGAAGCUGAGGAGGGUACAUAUGGGGAAGGCAAAUCCAUAAAGACAGGUCUUACUAAUGAAAGAUGUGAGAGAAAUUUCAGCAUACCGACUGAGUCCGACAACCUUGAUCUCCCAGGAAUCUCAAAAGAGGAACCCAAGAGCCAAGGCCAGCGCUUCACUGCAAUUGAGGAAUUGAAUCAGCUUGAGCUCCCGCAUGAGACUAUCCAAGGCAAACUAGGAAAUGAAAAUGAGAAGACAGUUUCAACUUGCCAUACUCCGAAGGAAAGUGGGUUAGAGUUUAGCGAGAAGUCUUCAGGGAAGAGUGGGACAAAGCGAGGCUAUGAGUUAUUCUCAGCUCAAGAGAAGCCAUGGAAACACUCUGAGAUGUUGCAAGAUGCUAAAAGCAGUGGGAAACACGGUAGGAAGCAAGGAAAAGGGAAGUCUAACAUGAAGAAAUCUAAGGAGAGGCAGUCUACAUUACAUUUCUUUUUUGAUGAGAAAUAG